GCUAUGUCAGCUGGAACCUUGGAGGAACCAAGUGCAGAUUCGAUGCAGGCCAUGGCCAUGGGAAUCAGCACAGCAGAUGCUGUGCAACAGGGCAAGGCCGUCAUUGACGGCGGUGCGACCAAGACGCUUGCCUCCAUCAGCGCGAUGGAGCGGAUCAUGCAGCUGAACAACAUGAAGAAGGGCGACUCCGGCCUGAUUUCCGUUGACCUGUCUGAGCGCCCAGUUUUCGGAUUCGGUAAUGGGUCUGAGGAUAGGAUACGAACGGUAGCAGCCCCAACCAAGGCCUCCUCAGUGUCGACCAUGCCGAAGCCCACCAAGGCGGACCUUCAGGCCGAGCUUGCCUUGCUCGGGGAGACAGCACCAGCAGGAUGGACCAAGCUGGAGCUGGAACAACGUCUUCGGGAACUACGCGAGCUGGGGGUGACCGACCACGAGAAUGUGAGGGCGAACACGAGCAUGGAGAAGAUGAUGAAGGACUUGAGGAGGGCCAGCCGGCUCAAGAGCACGCUGGCCAAGUACUGCACCGAGACGUUGCAGCUCGAGCUCACGGGCAACGAGGUGAUGGCCAAAUUGAUCGACAAGGCCACCAAGGAGAUAUACCGAGUGUGCCCUGCCGAGGGCCACGACUUGGUCAGCUUCGGGAAGCAUGCGGACGAGUGCUACAUCACGCUGGCCACGGAGUAUCCCGAGUACGCCACAUGGGUCAAGACAACCUACAAGGAGAACGGCGAGGAACAUGUGGAACCACGGUUGGCGCGCUUGGCGAAAUG